UCCCUCUCUCUGGUGUGGUGGAGCAGCCAACCUCGUGCCUUGUUCGUUGUCAUCCUCCUUUCUCUUUGUGUUGGAUAGCCUGUAGUGUGGUGGUGUGACAGACAGUCGGUGAGCCUGGCAGGUUAAGAGUUAAAGACAAUCUGCCCGGCUGCUGAGGAGAGAGGGGGGUCGUGUUGGUUAUUUUAGUAUCGCACCACAGAAUUGGAAGGCCAGACGGGUGCAGGAGGGCUCAGAGUGACUGGGACAGUCGGCUAUACAGCUUUUACUGGACUGGACUGGGACACAAUUGGGUUAUACUGGGAAAGAACUAAUAAUACUCGUCUGCUGUACUGGGAGAGAAGUCUGGACUAUAUUAUUGAUAGAGUGUGUGACUGGAUUAGACAAGGACUAAGACUGGACUAUAUUUAAACUGGACUAGGUUAGACUGGAUUUAGACUGGACUGGACUCAGGCAUAACUCUUUAACUGCGAGACUCGCUAAUACUGGUGAGCUUUACUGAGCUGGGCUGGACUGGCACAACGCUCUGCUACUGGAACUGCACGUCUACUGGAACAGUAGACCAGGCUAGAGAGUGGGGUCUGGAUACUGGUAGACAGAAUAAAGGGUUACUAGGAGACAGCUGCUUCUGGACCGGUGUUAUACUGGGAACAGUGGGAGGACUGGGAGAGACAAACUCAAUCAGUGCCUCAUGAUCUGAGUCCCAAGGAGAAACAGGAGUUGGAGAGCAUACGGCGCAGGAAACAAGAACUACUGCGGGACAUACAGAGGCUGAAGGAUGAGAUAGAAGAGGUGACGAAUGAAAUUGACAACCUGGGCAUUACCAAAGAGAGAAAAAGCAUGCAGAGAAACAAGCAGGUGUCCAUGGGCCGUAAGAAGUUCAACAUGGACCCCAAGAAGGGGAUCCGGUUUUUGAUUGACAGCGGUCUGCUGAAGAACACCAGCAAUGACAUCGCCCAGUUUCUCUAUAAAGGGGAGGGGCUUAACAAGACCGCCAUCGGAGACUAUCUGGGGGAGAGAAAUGACUUCAAUCUUGAGGUUCUACAUGCCUUCGUGGAGCUGCAUGAAUUCACAGACCUCAACCUGGUCCAGGCCCUCAGGCAGUUCCUUUGGAGUUUUCGGUUGCCAGGCGAAGCUCAGAAGAUCGACAGGAUGAUGGAGGCGUUUGCCCAGAGAUACUGUCACUGUAACCCUGGGGUCUUCCAACACAGCGAUACGUGUUAUGUGUUGUCGUUUGCUGUGAUCAUGCUGAACACCAGUCUCCAUAACCCCAAUGUGAAGGACAAACCCUCCCACCAGAGAUUCAGCGCCAUGAAUAGAGGAAUCAACGAUGGAGGUGACCUGCCUGAGGACCUACUCAGGAACCUGUAUGAGGGUAUAAAGAACGAGCCCUUUAAAAUUCCAGAGGAUGAUGGGAAUGACCUCACACACACUUUCUUCAACCCUGACCGGGAGGGCUGGUUACUCAAACGAGGAGGAGGGCGUGUGAAGACAUGGAAGAGACGAUGGUUCAUCCUCACAGACAACUGCCUGUACUACUUUGAGUACACUACUGAUAAGGAGCCUAGGGGUAUCAUCCCUCUGGAGAAUCUGAGUAUUAGAGAGGUGGACGACUCCAAGAAACCAAACUGUUUUGAGCUGUUCAUCCCAGACCACAGGGAUCAGGUGAUCAAGGCAUGUAAGACCGAGGCGGACGGACGUGUUGUCGAGGGCAACCACACUUUCUAUCGAAUCUCUGCCCCCACAGCCGGGGAAAAGGAGGAGUGGAUCACCAGCAUAAAAAAUGCCAUCAGCAGGGACCCCUUCUACGAGAUGCUGGCAGCCCGGAAGAAGAAGGUGUCUGCCCUGACAAGUCUGUAGAAAAGACCCAGGCUCCAGCACUUCAGCAGGAGGAGCAGGCCUCACUCUAUUCUACAGCCCAGUGUUUGUGCCCAUGGACCUGAACUAAAGGACCUAUGGAACUGUAUACACAAGAAAUCAGAAGAUCCCCAAAGCCUGUUGGAAGUCUAGGUGGAUGCUGUCAUCAUAUUGAUCUUGUUUUAAUCAGAUUCAUAAACACUGGAGGGGAAGGAUUAUGAAGGGGCACAGGGUUGGGACAGGAAUGCAGAGAGGAUUAAUGUCCUUUUUCAGCGCCCUCUAUAGGAAGUUACAUAAUGCAAUAUUAUGCUUUGAUAAUUAACAGAGAAAGGCAACAUGAACCUAUUUUUACACAAACCUCUUUUUCUGAGGGUUCUUGUCAUAGUGCUGUUGUAACUACAGAAUAUUUCUUUCUGAAUGGUUCUCAUAACAAACCACCACUGUUUCUCCUCUCUCUCCGUCUCUCUGUAUGUCUCUGUGUGUUUCUCUCGCUGUCUCUCUUUCUCCGUCUCUCUGUAUGUCUCUGUGUGUGUUUCUCUCGCUGUCUAUCUUUCUCCAUCUCUCUGUAUGUCUCUGUGUGUUUCUCUCGCUGUCUCUCUUUCUCCGUCUCUCUGUAUGUCUCUGUGUUUCUCUCGCUGUCUCUCUUUCUCCAUCUCUCUGUAUGUCUCUGUGUGUUUCUCUCUGUGUGUUUCUCUCGCUGUCUAUCUUUCUCCAUCUCUCUGUAUGUCUCUGUGUGUUUCUCUCACUGUCUAUCUUUCUCCAUCUCUCUGUAUGUCUCUGUGUGUUUCUCUCGCUGUCUCUGUGUGUUUCUCUCGCUGUCUAUCUUUCUCCAUCUCUCUGUAUGUCUCUGUGUGUUUCUCUCGCUGUCUCUCUUUCUCCGUCUCUCUGUAUGUCUCUGUGUGUGUUUCUCUCGCUGUCUAUCUUUCUCCAUCUCUCUGUAUGUCUCUGUGUGUUUCUCUCGCUGUCUCUCUUUCUCUGUCUCUCUGUAUGUCUCUGUGUGUGUUUCUCUCGCUGUCUAUCUUUCUCCAUCUCUCUGUAUGUCUCUGUGUGUUUCUCUCGCUGUCUCUCUUUCUCCGUCUCUGUGUGUGUUUCUCUCGCUGUCUAUCUUUCUCCAUCUCUCUGUAUGUUUCUCUCGCUGUCUCUCUUUCUCCGUCUCUGUGUGUGUUUCUCUCGCUGUCUAUUUUUCUCCAUCUCUCUGUAUGUCUCUGUGUGUGUUUCUCUCGCUGUCUCUCUUUCUCCGUCUCUCUGUAUGUCUGUAUCUGUGUGGGUUUCUCUUUCUGUCUCUCUGUUUCUCUCUUUCUUUGGUUCCAUGUUUGUUUAAAUGUGUCCAGGUAAUUGAUAGGAAUUGCCAGGGACUGACCUCACGAUGCAAUAUCAGGCUACUUAGGUGCCGAUGCGAUUCUCACGAUUCUAUAUGUAUUGAGAUUCGAUACUGCAAUUCGAUAUUCCAAACAUAUUUCUCAGGAUAUGUCUGCUGCAGAGGGACAAGAGAGCCAUGAGAGAACGAGUUUUGAUCAGUCAUGGAAAUGCUGAAAACAAAUUGGCUCCCCAUUUCAAAAUAAGAUGGAGAACAAGCUAUAAAGGAGUUUUGGUGCAGGUUAAGCCAACUAGCGCAACAGUAAUAUUGCCAUAUUGUCAAAACGAUAUGAUACAUCAUCAAAAAUAAUAUCCCAAUAUGUAACCGUACCGAUUUUAUUGCCGCAUCACUAGUAAUUUGGCUGUCAUUGAGCCAGGGUUUGAGAUAUGGGAGCUGAGUAAUUGGGCUGUCAUUGAGCCAGGGUUUGAGAUAUGGGAGCUGAGUAAUUGGGCUGUCAUUGAGCCAGGGUUUGAGAUAUGGGAGCUGAGUAAUUGGGCUGUCAUUGAGCCAGGGUUUGAGAUAUGGGAGCUGAGUAAUUGGGCUGUCAGUGAGCCAGGGUUUGAGAUAUGGGAGCUGAGUAAUUGGGCUGUCAGUGAGCCAGGGUUUGAGAUAUGGGAGCUGAGUAAUUGGGCUGUCGUUGAGCCAGGGUUUGAGAUAUGGGAGCUGAGUAAUUGGGCUGUCAUUGAGCCAGGGUUUGAGAUAUGGGAGCUGAGUAAUUGGGCUGUCAUUGAGCCAGGGUUUGAGAUAUGGGAGCUGAGUAAUUGGGCUGUCAUUGAGCCAGGGUUUGAGAUAUGGGAGCUGAGUAAUUGGGCUGUCAUUGAGCCAGGGUUUGAGAUAUGGGAGCUGAGUAAUUGGGCUGUCAUUGAGCCAGGGUUUGAGAUAUGGGAGCUGAGUAAUUGGGCUGUCAUUGAGCCAGGGUUUGAGAUAUGGGAGCUGAGUAAUUGGGCUGUCAGUGAGCCGGGGUUUGAGAUAUGGGAGCUGAGUUGGGAAGUUGCAAAAAACUGUCUCUGCCCAAAGCCUUUCUCUGCCAUCACUGUAUUAGUUCUGAUCUUCAUUUAGUGUUUUUGUGUUGAUACCUCUGUUACUGCAACUGCACAGUCACGUGGAAGGAGGAGGAAUGGUGGAAGGGGGAGAAAGAAAUGAGGGUGAGAGGUAGACAAAGGAUCAAAACAUAACACAAUUAAAAGUACUUUUGUAGAAGCAGCAAUAUGUUUGCAGAGAAAGGAUUUGAUGAAUAAAUAAAAGACCCAAGGUCUAAGACCUUAUUACAGUGUUA